UCAAUGAGGAGGGGCGUUGUUAGGACGUGAGAGAUCGGCCUUGGCGACGGGUCGUGGGACCGGCGCCCGCGGACGAGAUGAUCGACCAGAAGCGUAAGGCGCAGGAGAUGGCGCUGGUGCAGGUUAAGCGACCCCGUAAUGAUCUGGUGCCCUCGGCGCAGGGAGGUCCGCAACAGGCCGUGCUACAGGCGGGUCCUCCGAGAACAUCGAGUCUUCAAGCUCCUAUAAUGCUUUUAACGGGUCAUGAGGGAGAAGUUUAUUGUUGCAAAUUUCACCCAAAUGGAUCAACACUGGCAUCUGCAGGAUUUGACAGACUCAUCUUGUUUUGGAAUGUUUAUGGAGACUGUGAUAAUUUUGCUACAUUGAAAGGCCAUAGUGGAGCAGUCAUGGAAUUACAUUAUAACACAGAUGGCAGCAUGCUCUUUUCAGCGUCAACAGACAAAACUGUAGCGGUGUGGGACAGUGAAACGGGUGAAAGAAUCAAGAGGCUAAAAGGCCACACAUCCUUUGUGAACUCAUGUUAUCCAGCCAGACGGGGACCACAGUUAGUCUGUACAGGAAGCGAUGAUGGAACAGUGAAGCUAUGGGACAUUAGGAAGAAGGCCGCAAUACAUACGUUUCAAAACACUUAUCAAGUACUAGCAACAACAUUUAACGACACAAGUGAUCAGAUUAUCUCUGGUGGCAUUGAUAAUGACAUUAAGGUUUGGGACCUCCGACAGAACAAGCUAAUCUAUACCAUGCGUGGUCAUACAGACUCGGUGACUGGUUUAGCUCUCAGUGGAGAUGGCUCUUACCUUCUUUCUAAUUCUAUGGACAAUACAGUGAGAGUUUGGGAUGUGCGACCAUUCGCUCCGAAAGAGAGAUGUGUAAAAAUAUUCCAGGGUAACGUGCACAACUUUGAAAAGAACCUCUUGAGAUGUUCAUGGUCAACUGAUGGAAGCAAAAUAGCAGCUGGAUCUGCAGACAGAUUUGUCUAUGUCUGGGAUACAACAUCACGAAGAAUUCUAUACAAGUUACCAGGGCAUGCGGGCUCAGUGAAUGAGGUGGCAUUUCACCCUGAAGAACCGAUCAUUCUGUCAGCCUCCAGUGAUAAAAGGCUCUACCUUGGAGAGAUACAAUAAAGAGGAACAGCUUGUGCAGAGGAACCCCACCUGACUUUUAUCUGGAUGGUGCCUAGAAACUGUUUGAAUCCCAAGAAAGCAAGUAAUGCCAGCUUUAAAGGAAAAAAAUGUGUAGACACUCAACUGAGUUUCUGGUAGUUUGUGCAUCAGCCAUGUGAAUGAAGAGUCAUUGUUACAGAAUCUGAAUCCACCCGGUUUCUGUACUUGUAAAGUCUGACCCAUGUUCACUUUUAUAUGAUAACUGUAUAGAUCUUUUUAUAUUCCAAAGAAAUAAAUCAUUGUUUCUUUUGCUUAAAACUGA